AUGUGUCUCGUCAAAGUCCGCGGCGAAGUCGAAGACGACGUCAUCGUCCCCGCCCGAGUAGUCGAGCGCGAAUCCGUCCGCGGAUCCCACCAACACCAGCAUUACCAACAGCAUUCACAACAGCGAGAAACCCAAAUCGUCUCCACUGCCCCCGCGGUAAUCGAAAGACCGGCUCGAUCCCAUCGCUACUCUUCUUCCUCAUCUUCAAAUGCUUCUUCAACAAAUAGUAUCACCUCAAGCCGUAGUUCCAUGGGCUAUGCCGGUGCGAGGCAUGAAAGACGGUCGAGAAGGUAUCAACAACAACAUCAUGCUGCUACUGCCAGUAGUUAUGAUGGGAGAUCUUAUGACGGAAGAUCCCAUGACGGACGAUCUACGGCGGGGAGGUCGAGUUCUAGGAGUCGGGAACGUGGGUAUUAUAGAGAACAAGGGAGGGUUGUGAGCGGUGGAAGUUAUGAUAGAAGAGGGAGUUAUAGAUAUGUGGAUCCCCAACCGAGGGGUAGCAAUCAUGAAGUUAGAGCAGAAAUCCAGCGCGCAGAAGAACACCUCCAAAGAGCCGCAGAACUCCAAGAGCGCGAGAAGAGAAUGCGAGAAACCCGCGCAAUCACAUACGAUCCAAGAUCCAGUUCAGUCAGUCAUAGAAGCUACGAACACAGUAAAGACGGUAGUAGAAGACGCAGCGACGUUGUCGUGGUCCAAGAGACAGAGCGACAUCGAGACCGUUUUACCAGCAGGUAG